UUUAGCUCAACUUUAUGAAUCAAUAUUAUUUACGAUGGCUGAAUUUGUACAAAAAAAAGUAGAGGAUAUGCGUCCUGUUCUUGAACAAAUGAGAAAGUUAAAAUUAUUUAGUGAACGUGAAAUUUGUGAAAUAACAAAAAAAUUAAAAGAAUAUGAAUAUAAACUUCAAAGACAUACAAAAUCAAAAGAAGAUUUUUUACGAUAUAUCCAGUAUGAAAUGGAUUUAAUGAAACUUGUUAAACAGCGUAGAGAAAGAUAUGGAAUUACACAAAUGAAAUCUGAUAUUGAUUUUACAAUUGCAAAUAAAAUUAAUCAUUUAUACAAAGAUGCUAUUUUAAAAUUUCAAGAUGAUUUACGAUUUUGGAUUGCUUAUAUGAAGUUUUGUAAACAUGUUAAAUUUCAUAGUUGUAUUAGUCGAAUGAUUGGUAGAAUGCUUUCAAUACAUCAAGAUAAGCCAAAAUGUUGGCAUAUAGCAGCUCUUUGGGAAAUAGAAGAGAAUAAUAAUCAACAAAAUGCAAAAAAUUUUCUUUUAAGAGGUUUACAUUUCCAUCCGGAUUCAAAGUUACUUUAUACAGAUAUUUUCAAAUUAGAAUUAGAUUAUGUUUUUACCAAAAAUAAUAAAGUAAAAUCAAUAGAUAUAUCUACAGUUAGAACUAUUAGAAAUAAUUCAAAUAUUCCUGUUGAACUACAAAAAGUUUUUAUUAUUUAUGAACAAGCCUUCAAAAGAAUUAGAGAUAUAAAAUUUAUAAUUGAACUCUUGAAUAUUACACAAGGGUAUGAUAAAACAGAAAAAUUACAACAUAAAAUUGUGAGUGACAUGGUCAAGGAAUAUUUACAUGAACCCAUGAUGUGGGAUACAAUGGCCCAUAGAGAACUUAAAGGUUUGAUUCAACCAUCAUUGGAAACUGACGAAUCGUCAAUGGAAAUUCAAACUUUAAAACAUUCUUCAUUGCGUGAUCGUAUAAGUAACUGUUAUAAAGUUUAUCAAACUGCAGUAAAAAAAAUUAAAACAGAAGAAAUGUGGUCAUUGUUCAUUGAUUGUAUGCUUGAAAUAAACCAAGAAACGGACACACUUCCAAAUUUCAAGCGUAAACUAUUAAAAAAUGUGUUAUUACAAUGCCAUCAAGCCAAAAAAUUGAAGGAGAAAUAUUAUUUAAAUUGGAUUGAUAUGUUAAAUUUCGAUAAAAAUAAUCAAAAUAGUAAUACACAAGGUAAGUUAUUUGAAAUUCUUAAUUGGGCUACAGAAGCUUUGCCAGAAAGUGAAAGUCUUUGGCAUGCUCAAUUACAUUAUCUUCUUAGCACUAAUCAAGAAGAACUAGCAACAGAAAUUUUUAAUAAAGCAAUAGAUAUCUUAGGAAAGAAUUCACUUCCAUUGUUCAGAUUGAAACUACUUCAUAUACAAGCAAAAAAUCCUGAAAAUUUGGAAAAAUUUUUUCAAGAUGCAUUAAAAAGUGAACCAAUUAUCAGUAAUUAUAUUAAACCAAUUUAUAUUGAAUGGAUAGUGCUUACUAAAGAUAUACAUAUAGCUCGUAGGAUUUAUGAUAAAUUAUGUCUUCAUCCACCUCCAUGUAUAGAACUUCAUAAAAAAAUGGCUGCUCUUGAACUUUUACAACCUGAUAUUUCUUUGCAAAAUGCUCGAAGACCACAUGAGAUGACAACGUUACAAUUUGGUAAAGAGAAUACAGAUGUUUGGAUGGAAUUUAUAAAUUUUGAAAUGAAGUAUGGAGAAGCUAUAAGAGUAUCUAAUAUAUACAAUAGAGCUGUAAAGACAUUGAAACCUAAACUUGCAGAUAAUUUUAUAACAGAAUUUAGUUUAAUCAAAGCAAAUCCAGAAUUACUUGGCAUUUCACUUUAAUGUUUUAAUAAAUUAUAAUUAUGAAAUUCAAAUUUCAAUAAAUAUAACAUUACAA